GGCGAAGUUGAAGUCCACAAGUCUUAAAGCGGCCAAGUUUGGAGGAUCCUGGCCUAGACCUUGGCGAUAAAGCCACUUUUCGUCUGAGGGCAUGCGCAUUCUGGCCAGCAAGAUGGCGUCGUUUGCUGGAUCUAGAAUGGCCUUUAGGGUCGCCUACGGGCUGCGCUCCCGCUCCUCCCUCGAUGUCCUUUGCCGUUGCGGGGGAGCUCGAUUCCUCUGUACGCCUGCGCCCGCCGGGGGUGUCGAAGAAAACCACAGAGACCCUCCCUGGGUUGGGACCUGGUACGAGACGCUCUCUUCGUCGGCGCCUGUCGCGACGGUAGAAUCGGGGUUAAUAGCGCUGCAGGUUGCAUCCGGGCUACCCUGGUGGUCCACGGUGUUGGCAGCUACGGCCAUCCUGCGCACUGGCCUAACCCUUCCUCUCAGCGUCUUCCAGAAGCGCGUCGUCGCCCGCUUAGAAAAAUUGCAGCCUGAAAUUGAAUCCUUAGCCAAACAGCUCCGUUAUGAAGUUUCAGUUUCUGCAAAGCAACACAAUUGGUCUGAAAAGGAGGCUAGGGCAUGCUACAGGAGAAAUAUAAAAAGAAUAGUUUCAGAGUUAUAUAUUCGAGAUAAUUGUCAUCCUUUCAAGACCACCCUGCUCAUUUGGGUACAGCUUCCAGUAUGGGUCUUUGUUUCCGUAGCUUUACGUGAUUUAAGUAUUGGCAGAGGAGAUUCUGAAGGGCUUUUAAUUCAGGAGCAGUUUUCCACAGGAGGCAUACUCUGGUUUAAAGAUCUCACUUUACCUGACUCAACUUGGAUUUUGCCAAUCACUCUUGGACUUCUCAAUCUACUGAUAGUAGAGAUUUUUAGUUUAAGAAAAACUGAAACAUCCUGGGUUUGGAAGUAUGCUACCAACUUUUUUCGAGCAGUCUCUGUGCUAAUGAUCCCCAUUGCUUCAAAUGUUCCAUCAAUACUAGCUUUGUACUGGGUAUCUUCCAGCUUCAUAGGCCUUUCACAUAACCUUCUGCUGCGCUCUCCUGCUUUCUGUAAAUUAUUCCAUCUCCCUCGGACCAAGUCUGAUUCAGAUACUCCAUACAAAGACAUUGUUGCUGCUUUGUACAUGAAAUAUUUCUUUAAGUGAUAUACAUCUCUGUAAUAGAACCAAAUGAUUUUUUUACUAUAUUAAAUUGUAUUAUGAAGCUAACUUUGUUAGAGUAGAGAAACUUUUUAUGUCCCCUUUAGGAGGAGACAACAUCCUUAAAAAUAUUAGCUUUCGAUUCAGUGUUUGUUUUUAAUUUAUAUGGAAUUUCUGAAAUCUUGCAGCUUUUCCUGAAAAACAUUUCUUGUCCUUCUAGGUGAUGUAAUUGUUUGAAUAUUAUGUAUUGAUAUUUGUUUCUUAAUAAUUUUGGCAGCUUAAAAUACAAGCAUACUUUUCAGCAUG